UGGCGUAUUAUUGUUUGAAGAAUUUUUAAUUGCAUUAAUUUUCUCCAAUUUUAUUCAGUGUAUAAAUUUUGAUAACUUUUUAAGAUACAUUAAGUAAUGAAGAAACUUUUAGCGGAGGUAUAAGUCAAGUGUUUUGGGAUUUUCGUAAGAUAUUAAAGCUUUGAAUUAGCUCAAAAGCAGACGAUUUUUUUUUUAUUGAGUUUGAUAUUCAGGGCGUUAGGCCUUAUAAUUAUAUAUUUCAGUACUUAUAGUUAUAGAGUUACAUGUAGAUUACAUUUUGCUAUUUUGAAAGUUGAAAUUUAAAUGACCGUUUUAUGAUAAGAGAUCAAAGAGUAGAACUACUAACGACUGGGGUCAGUGUGGACAAUAUCUUCCUGACCUUUCACUUUCAAGUUGAUGUGAAUGAAUGGCUGAGCCUAUUAAAAACAUGUUACAACACCAACUAUUUAUGUUAAAAAAGUUUAAACAGACACCCAAAGAAGAAAAAAGAAAAUGAAUUCACCAGAAGUAAUGAACUCUCCAAAUAAUUCUACAGUUAACAAUCAUUUUGGGCCACCAGUGGCUGGUAAUGACAUCAUACUAAUUGAUAAUGAAGAUCCUAAAAUACUCAAAUGUUGCAUAUGUCGACAGAUUUUCCCGGAUAAUUUAACUUUGCAAAUUCAUCUAAAAUGCCACAUUGGUGAUAAACCCUAUAAAUGUUCGUACUGUGGUAAGUCUUUUACCCAUGACAGUCACCUUCAAAUGCAUUUGCGAAUUCAUACAGGAGAGAAGCCCUUUCAUUGUGAGUACUGCGACAAGGCCUUCAUACAGAAAGGCAACUUACAAUCCCAUCUGCGAACACAUAAUGGCGAGCGGCCAUUCAGAUGUGAUCUUUGUGGUAAAUCUUUUACCCAGCGAGGCAAUUUACAAACUCAUAUCAAACUUCAUUUUGGUGAAAAACCGUUUGCGUGUCCACUAUGUGGUAAAAGAUUUCAUCAAAACGGUAAUUUACAGACACACAUACGUACCCAUGACGACCAGAAGCCAUUUAAAUGUGAGGUGUGUAUGAAGAGUUACAGUCAAAAAUCGAACCUCGAAGUCCAUAUGUGGUCGCACAAUGGACAAAAACCCUUUACUUGUAACAUCUGUAAUAAAUCUUUUAGUCAGAAAGCAUCAUUGAAAGCACACAUACGUAUCCAUGGAGAUGAACAAACUGAGCAGUCACUGAAACCAAACAAUCUGAUUGGCUUAAAUCAAGUUUCGCAGCUCUCACAACUAGCCUUACCAAAUUUUGCUGGUUCUUCAUUUCCUAGUCAUUUUGAAUUACCAUUGAUGCCUGCUGUAAAAAUGUCGCCGGAUAGUUUGAGGUUUUCGACCAUGCCAGAAGCAUCAAGCAGUUUUGAAAAAAAUGUGGAGAAUCGCAACCAUAAGUGUCACAUUUGUGGAAAAAUAUUUGAUAGUUUGCCAAAUCUACACACUCAUUUAAAAACACACAGCAAAAAUCAAAAAACAGUGAAAUGUGUAAUUUGUUCAGAGAUGUGUAGUGAUGAAGAGUCGCUACAGAAACAUUUGGUCGGACACAGCAUAGCUUUAGAACAGAUAUAUCGCUGUCAAAUCUGUGGCAUGACCUUUCAUAAUUCUGAGACCAUAAAACAACACAUCCAAAGUCAUGUUAUGAACUUGUGACAAACCAACCACUGGUUUUCAUGAUUUCUGAAAACUUUUGAUUCUCCAUUCAAAUUUUCAACGUGCUAAUAAACAGAAAGAACGUGAUUGUAAUGCUCAGUCUUCGUUUAUAAUGUGCUUAAAUGUAUAAAUAUUUUGGGUGUUUGUAUUAAAAAAUACCCCCGAAUUUAUAAUUGAAUAUUUGUUAGUGACCUAGUAUGAGGUUGUUGAGAUUAGAAUAUGUGUUAGUUGUAAACCAAGAUUAAAAAGGUUCACAGUUUUACCCUCCUUGAUCAAGCCUGUUCUUCACAACAUACUAAAAUAUCCAAAGUAAGGUUAUUGAAGUAAAUGUAAAACAAAAUGGUUGUUUUAAGAGUUGACAGAUCAUUUUUAAGCUUGCAUAGUGAUUUGUGUAAAUAGGUCAGUUUUUGUUGUGAAGAUUUUUACACUUCACAUCUAAAUACUCAGUCUAGAUAUUAGACUGUGUGUUUGUGUGUACAGACCAUAUGUAUAUAUUAAGACUUGUUUUUUGUUUGUUUUAUUUUUUUUUUUAGGUCUCACUUUAUCAUACUAUAGUAAAGGACUGUACCUUUUUUGCGCAGUGGAGCCAUGAUGGCUCUGUGAGUAGGAUGUUGGCCCCUGUGUUGAUUGAAAAAGUUCGUCAGAAUUUUCUGAUGUUGUUUCCCCUUUGUCAAUUGUGCAGGAAGGUGGCCCUGGAAAAGGACAAUGAAUAGUCAUGCGGAGGGGAUGAAAAAAACAUGGUCCUGUGUAGACAUUGCUGUGCACAUAAAAGAACCAGUGGCAGUUAGAAUUCAAUAUUUCCCUCCUAGCACACUGUACGGCAUAUGCCCAUCUUCAUUUGCCCAAUUGGAGCAGAACAGUAGGAUGUUAAACACCAUUUCAAUUCAUGUUUUUCGCAGUGACAGGAUUUACAGUUCAGAUCUGGUCAAAUGUAUGCCCUUGACAGAAAGUAAACAUCUGUUGCUAUGGCAAGUCAUUGCAAAUUGAAAUAAUCUCUUUUACUGACUUGAAUCAACAGAUCAUGGCAAUAAGUUACAUGUUUGAGAAGAUCUGAUUUCUACUCCCUCGGAACACAACAAGUACAGUCUAUAUAAAUAUGUGUAGCUAUUGUAAACAUAAAAUAUCAUGGUUCAAAAUCUCUGUUUUGUAUAAUUAGUAUUUAGUGAGCUUCUUAAUUUUAGUUCUACUUGAACAAAUUUUGAAACAGAAAACAUAGUGAAAACUUUUGAAGAUUGUAUCAUGGUGUCUUCUUCCUAGGGCUGAACAGUAAUUUCAAUAAAUCAAUGUAUUGCAAUAUGUAAAAAAAAUUGACCAUUGAAGAUACUGCAAAAUUAUCUAAAUAUAGUGUGACCGGAUCUCCAUUUCCCUAAUAAUAUGCUCUGAAAGAUUAUUGUAUUUUAUUGAACAUAGUAUAAGCUUGACGUUACAAUGAUUCAAAUUUACUUGUUUCACAUAUAAGUCUUAUUGAGGAGUUUACCACCUUCUUCAAGUCUCCUUGAUUGAAGUCCUAGAAUAUUGCAAUAAUAGCAAUAUAUUGUGGAUUUUUGUAUUGUUAAUGCAUUAAUGAAAAUUAUAUCGUCCACCAUCCCUUAAUCUUCCGGCUUCUGUUUCAAUUCUCACAACAUGUAAAUGGUUAUAGGAAAGCUUUCAGAACAUGUUUUUCACAUUAUGGGCCAAAUAUCUGUGUGUUAGCAGUUGUAAUAGAGAUUUUGUACACAUAAGGAACAUAGUUAAUUGGUCAGUGAAGUAAGCUAAUACUUCAAGAUGGAAAUUCCUCAUAUAUUUCAGUUUUCAUUAUCUCUUUCGCCAAGAAAAUAUCUUAGAUUCGCAACAAUUUUUUUAACUGACCCUGUGUUAAAGCUCUGAUUGCCAAAGUUUAAAACUCUAUCUAAGCAUUUUUGUCACUUUAAAAUGAUUUUUUUUAAUGUUUAAGCCAAGUCAGUAUUUCUUUUAAAGCAUACAUCAAAAGAAAAAUAGCCCUUUAACCCAUUAGGUACCAAAUCAACUGCAAUGUUUGACAUAUAUCAUUAUCAAAUCAUCCUGAUCAUUUGCAGCUAACUAGACACAUUUUUGUCAUCACUAAGUGACUUAUAGUGAGUAAUGAGAAUAGUUACAUCCCUAUCAUAUGGUGGAAAGUAUCUAAAUAAGUAUGACCUGUUUGCUAUUUAAUAUUUGGGAGAAAAUUUGCAUUUACCUUUUACCAUGAAUGCAAUAUAACCUAUCAAUUCUAUAAAAUAUUAGAAUCGUUUCUAAUUGCAUCACUUUAAAACUCUUAAAGUUUUUUUUGUUGUUGUGCUCCUGAUGCAUUUGGUGAACAUGAGUUAAUGUAACCACUUCCACUUCAUUGUCAAAACUAAUUUUUUUAUUUCUGGCUUGUUGAAAUUGUUGUGGUUGUCGUUUUCAUGUCUGGUGGAUAUUCAGAUGUUUUAUUUGGGUAAAAAUCCAGUUGUAUCAUAUGUAGAUGAAUUAUGUCAGAGAUUUAUUAUUAGAAACUAAUAAAAAAAUCAUCUUGAAUUGUGAGACUCUGAUUAAUGUUUAAAGACAGUCUGUUGUUAUGUAACUGAGUAAAGUCACUUCAUUGUCGAAGCAGACUUUAAAUGAAGUUAUUUCACCUACACAGUGGGUUGGUCUGUAGAAAACCUUGCAAUUAAUAUAUCCACUGGUAAUAUAUUUGUUGAAGAGGGAUUUAAAGAUAGCAGUGUAAUAUUAAUAGAAAACAAUGUAAACUUAAAAUGACCAUAGAAUUGGAUGAUUUGACUAAUGUUUUUUAAUAAAAGUACAUUGGAUUGAGUAUAGUCUUAAACACUGUAUUUAACCUAUAUUCUGGCUGUUGGGGCUUUAAUAUUUAAAAGUAAUUAUUUUAAAGCUUGUUUAAACUUCCUAUGGGAUCUUGACUAUGUAGAAAAUAUAUAUCAAAUGUUAUGUUAUGAAAAUAUGUCAUUAAUGACUUGAUAUUAUAUGAUAAUCAGUCCAUCAAAUAUGUGUGUAUUGACGAUACCGUAUGGUACAUGUAAUUGUGUGCAUAAUGCAUAUUGUAUGUUAUUGCGUGCAUUUUGUAUGAUUGUUGGUUAAUAUUUAUGAAAACAUCAUUUGUUGUAGUUUACUUAAUUUAUGCCUUUUGUGUCAUAUAAUGAAGAUUAUUAUACAGGUCACAAUUCUAUGGAAUACAAUUAAUGCUUAUUAUCAUUGCUUGAUAAUGACUAGAGAAGCCUAGUCGAAAAGUCGCUCAGUAAUAAGCCGUAAUUGUAUUCCAUAGAAUUGUGACCUGUAUACUCUAGUUCAAUUACUAAAUGCCAUUGAAACAAAAUGAAGAUUAUUAUAAAUAGUAUUCGUAAAAAAUUGUGCGUUAAGCUUUUUACUUGAUAUCUGUGUAUGCACUAAACUUGUAACUUGAAAAGUUAUGGCACAUAAUUCAUGGAGGGUGUCAUGAUUUUAAGUAAACUAGUUUACUAAAACAAAAACAUCUAUAUCCAAUUUCUGAUCAUUUUCAGAUUUAGUGCCCUUGAUCACUUUAUAGAUUAUGUUAUUUUGUAUUUUGUAAGAUUUAUAUGUAAUUAUGACAUGAAGACAAAACGGUUGUGGAGAUGUGUAUGUUUCAUUGCAUAGCAAGCUGAUUUAUGAUUUUGUUUUAUUUUGAUUUAGUUUUUUAUUUUGACAUUUAAUUUAGAUUUUCCACAAAUUUUUGUUGAGAGUUGUUACCGGUAUAUAGUUUUGAAUAUUGUGCUUUAUAUACUCUUCCAAAAAAGUAAGGGAUAUUCAGAAAUAAUACAAAACUGUGGAAAUGCACUGCUGUUUUUAUUAGAGGUAACCAAUGUAUGUUAAUAAAAGGCCAACUGCCUACACAUGAACAUAAACAGUUCAUAUGGACGGCCCCAUUUCACCCGCAAAGAGAUACACUGUCAAAAGUGAAAAUGGACUUUUUUGAUUUUUGUCUUAAUGAGUAAUUGCUCCACCAAUCCUCAGACAUUCAGCAAUUCAUUGUGGCAUGCUCCUAAUCAACUGUCCAAUCAUGAUUUGGGGCAAUCUGACCCACUCCACACUGAUCAACAGUGAAUUUUCGCUAGGCCGCUACAAUCACUGAUAAGGAUGACAUCGAUGUGACUUAAUGAGUCCCAAAUAUUAACUUUUUUCUUUGUCAAAUUAAAUUCUAAAACAUUUUUUUCAUUUAUUGGAAAAGAAAAUAAAGAGGUUUGAAUUAUUUGUAGGUAAAAAUCAUUUCCUAUUUAGUGUAAAUUGGUAUUAAAAUAAGUAAAAUUCACCAUUUAGCCCGAAUCAGUGAUGUCUUAUGUAAACAAUGCCCGUGCUCUUGAGCCAAUGAUUGACACCGUGUGAUGUGACGUCAGGUGUCGAAACAGUCAUCUGUUACAGAGAUAUUAGAAGAUCUCUGUAGACAGAUUGCCACUCCUCUUGCAGUGCCACGGCCAAUUCUUGCAGUGUUGUCUGUUAAUGUCGACGAACGUCUCCCGAUCAUGUCCCAGACAUGCUCUAUAGGGGAAAGGUCAGGACUCAUGGCUGGCCAAGGCAUAUGGACAAUAUGGUGACGUUGGAGGUAGUCAUUCAAGACACGAGCAGUGGGCACAGGCAUUAUCAUCUUGAAAGAUGAAAUGUCGACCUGCACGUUGAGCAAAGGGCAGAACUAUAGGUGCCAGGAUGUGGUCAUGGUAGUACACACCAGUGACCCUUCCUUGAACAAUAUGCAAGUCUAUUCCGCCAGUCAUGGUGCUUCUUCCCCACACGGGGAUCACGUGGCUAAGUGGGUAAGACGCUAGCUCGCUAGCCUGGAGGUCGGGUGUUCGAUCCCUGCAUUGGCCGAGAAAGUUCAUCCAGAUUUUCCAGCGUGGUUCUCCCUUGUCAGUGAUGCAGGACCGAGGUCCCGUGUACACAUUGGCGUGCACGUAAAAGAUCCCUUGGCAGUUGGUAUUUGCAUUUCAAUAUCCCCUACUUUUUUUUGAAGAGUAUAUUAUGUUUUUCAACAAAAUAUAUUCUCUGAUCAAUGAGUUUGAUUUUGGAGAAAUUUUAAGUUUAAAUAAUGCAAUAAAUAUCUGAGCCAACAGCCUUUUCCUUAAAAACUUCAACUAACAUAUUUGAGGGAAGCAGCUCUAUGUAAAAUAUAUAUUUGUUUGUUUUUAAGGUAGAAUCAAAAUAUUACAAUUACCAUUUUUUGUUUGUAGAGCUAUGUGUGUAUGGAUUAUUUUUGUGUACUACAUGUAAUGUAAGUGUGUAUUACAUGUAAUUAUGUGUGUACUACAUGUAAUUAAGAAGUGUGUACUUCAGGUACUUAAGUGUGGAUUACAUAUAAUGUAAAUGUAUACUACAAAUAAUGUAAGCGUGUACUACAUGUAUGUAAGCAUUAUAGUAUGCAUGACAUGGAUUAUAAAUGGCAAUUCUGCUAGUACUAAAUAUCUAAGAUAUUUAUCAGAUUUUAUAAUGUUUUAUAUAUAGUUCCCUCCCAGCAUAACAAAAUUUAUUUUAAAUACUCUUAGAAAAUAACACCUUAAUUCCAAUGAUACAUGUGUUUAGAAUUUCUCAAUGCUAUUGAUGUAGUGUAGGCAAUAGGUAAUGGUUAAAACACAUUGUAUAAUAACUACUAUCGCUUGUAAUGGAGAUAUUAAAGGAGAACUUGUGCCAUUGCUAUUUGUUCAUUAUAUUAUUCAUUAUAGUCUUAACGGCAUAACAAGCCAGAUAAUUCACAUAUGAAAUUUGGUAAUAAAGGUCUUAAAAGCAUAAUGAUCCAGAGAACUCAUAUCUAAAAACUCAAAGAAAUAUACCAUUUUAAUCUAAACAGUGUUGAUAUUAUGUAAUUAUACACAUCAUAUUUAAAAAAAAAAAUUCUUUAUGAAAAUGUACCGUCUUGUACAAAAAAGAUACCAGUCUUCAUUAGCCCUGUAGGAACAGAAAAGUAGGACGUUAUACCCAUUUUAUUCAUUCAAUAUAAAACAGAUAGCAGAAUAGUUAUUACUUUAUUUACCUAAUUUUAGAUGGCCAUAAUGUAAUUUACCUAAUUUUAAAUGGCCAUAACGUACAUUAGGGAAUUAAUUGAUUUGAUUGUGUAUGUCUUAAACUGUGUAUUUGACUUUUAUUCUGUUAUGUUGGGGCUUCAAACAUGCAGUGUUUAUGUUUAUACGUCCAUUAUUACAUAAUAUUUAUCCCUGUGAUGAAAUCACAUGUAUUUUUAUUUUGUUAGACUGCACUUUAGUCUCAAUUAUCCAGACUUUUGUUAUAAACAACAAUUAGAUGGGUUAAAAGAUCUGGUAAAUUGAGAUUUAAUUUUAAAAAAAUAGUGCAGUACCGGAUUGAAUCAUGGCCGAAUUACAGGCUAUGUUAGAUUUGAUUUAUAAAAGUCAAUGUAAGACUUUAUAAGCCAAUAAUUUAUCCCUGUCAAUUCAUUCUAGAACACCUAAUACAAAUAUCCAUGCAAUCAUUUGUUUUACAAUUGUUUGAUUUAUUAUCAAAUCCAACAUAGCCUUAUUUUUUGAAUUCAAAGAAUUGUUUUAAUUUAGUUUUUUCUUCUUCUAAAAUCAGCUUUUGAAGCUUAUGUCCAUGUUGCUAAUAAAAAUAUUUAU